AUGGAAGCGAAAACAAUUGGAACCGUUUUAGUCUCGUCAAUCCUUAUAAAACAGGUGUCAUGUUAUUACUGUGAGGGGGAUAAAUGCAGUGAUGAUGAAUAUUGCUGUGGCUAUAAUACGUGUUGUUCAUCAUAUAAAGUUUGGGAGCUUUGGUAUUUUUGGUUUGGUUUAUGUUUUUUUCUAAUUCUGUUAUCAAUGUGUUCGUGUUUAUGGAGAUAUCGGCCCAGUAAAGGUGUAGUUAUUAUCAGUACAAGCGGGGGAUAUAACUACAGUCCACUACAUGAUGAUCCAAUUUCUAUACAUACAUCCUCUGAAGACACAAAUCAGGUUCACACGAGAAGCGGCCCAGGAAUUUCUCACUCUGCCUAUUCACCAUCUGACAGUGGACCACCAGCCUACACCAGUACUUCAAAUAACUUUCAUAAAAAUAAACUCUCGUCCCCUCCCCCUGCCUACUCAGACGUGUUUCAAAAAGAAUAUUACCAUGCCAACUAA